AGCGUACCGGAAAUAAAGUGUUGGCAGUUUCUUAUUAAUGGUAGACUUGUACAUUUUUGAUAUUGUAACUGUUUGUGAGAUCGUUUCACUACAACUGGCGUUUGAAGAAAUAAAUAAAACAAAUUGCCAAGAUGACGACAAUAGCAGAACAGCCAUGUUAUACUUUAAUAAAUGUGCCAAUGGAUGCUGAGCCACCAUCUGAAAUGCAGCUUAAACAAGACCUUGAAAAGGGAGAUGCCCGAACUAAGAUUGAUGCCUUGAAAAAGGUUAUUCAAAUAAUCUUAAAUGGAGAAAAAAUGCCUUCAAUCCUGAUGAUCAUCAUACGAUUUGUCAUGCCAAUGCAAGAUCACACUAUUAAAAAGCUACUCUUGGUUUUCUGGGAAGUCGUUCCUAAGUAUACUCCCGAGGGAAAGCUAUUGCAAGAGUUUAUACUUGUCUGUGAUGCUUACAGAAAGGAUCUUCAACAUCCCAAUGAGUUCAUCAGAGGAUCAACCCUUCGAUUUCUUUGCAAGCUUAAAGAACCUGAACUUCUUGAACCCCUUAUGCCAGCAAUCAGACAGUGCUUAGAACAUAGACAUUCCUAUGUACGCCGUAAUGCUGUGCUUGCCAUUUAUACUAUUUACAGAAAUUUUGAUUCCUUGAUACCUGAUGCCCCUGAAUUGAUUCACAACUUCCUUGAGGGGGAACAAGAUAUGUCCUGCAAGCGAAAUGCCUUCAUGAUGCUUAUUCAUGCUGAUCAGGAAAGAGCACUGAACUACCUGAGUAGCUGUAUUGACCAAGUGACUUCUUUUGGUGAUAUCCUUCAACUUGUUAUUGUUGAGCUUAUUUACAAAGUUUGCCAUGCCAACCCAGGAGAAAGAGCUAGGUUUAUCCGUUGCAUAUACAAUUUGCUGAAUUCUUCUAGCCCUGCCGUAAGGUAUGAGGCUGCAGGAACUUUAGUCACUCUUUCCAGUGCUCCUACUGCCAUUAAGGCAGCUGCAACUUGUUACAUUGAGCUGAUUGUUAAGGAGAGUGAUAACAAUGUUAAACUGAUUGUGUUAGACAGACUUAUAGCACUUAAAGAGGUUCCAGCCCAUGAAAAAAUCUUGCAGGAACUUGUAAUGGACAUUUUAAGAGUGCUAAGCUCCCCUGAUCAGGAAGUAAGAAAAAAGACACUGACCCUUGCACUGGAUUUAGUGACAUCUCGUAAUAUUGAAGAGAUGGUGUUGGUGUUGAAGAAAGAAGUUGUGAAGACAAAUAAUGUUGAACAUGAGGAUACUGGAAAAUACAGGCAGCUGCUUGUUAGAACUUUGCACCAGUGCAGUGUUAAGUUCCCAGAUGUUGCUUCUACUAUCAUUCCAGUGCUGAUGGAAUUUCUUGGGGAUACAAAUGAGCUGGCUGCAGCUGAUGUACUAGUGUUUGUACGAGAGGCUGUUCAACGUUUUGACCAGCUCAGACCCUUGGUUAUUAGCAAGCUUCUAGAUGUGUUUAGCACCAUCAAAGCCAUGAAGAUUCAUCGUGCUGCCCUUUGGAUCCUUGGAGAGUAUUGUACAUCUUCUGAUGAUAUUCAGAGUGUUAUGACUCUCAUUAGACAAUCUCUUGGAGAAAUUCCCAUUGUGGAGGAUGAGAUGAAGAAAGCUGCUGGUGAAGUGAAGGAAGAUGAAAUGCAAACUGGAGGCUCUGUACAGCGUCUUGUGACAGCAGAUGGCACAUAUGCUACCCAAAGUGUUUUCAGUGCCAGAACUUCAACUAAGAAAGAAGAAGUUCCUCCUUUGCGUAAAGAUAUGAUGGAUGGUGACUUUUUCAUUGGUGCAGCCUUAGCAACUACUUUAACUAAACUUGCUCUCAAGUAUAUCAGCAUAACACCGGACAAAAAGAGACAGAAUAGCUUUGUUGCUGAAGCUAUGUUGAUAAUGGCUACAAUUAUUCAUCUUGGAAAAUCUGGAUUACCAACUAAGCCAAUAACUGAUGAUGAUGUGGACCGCAUUGCUGUUUGCCUCCGUGUGUUAGCUGAAAAGUCUGAUCUGAUGAAUGAAAUAUUUAACGUAGCCUGCAGAGGGUCUCUCUCUCUUAUGCUAGCUGCCAAAAUAGAAGAAGAAAAACAAAUGCAAGAGGCUGCUGAGCGUAAAGUUGUCAAGGUCCAUGCUGAUGACCCAAUUUCCUUUGCCCAGCUGAUCAACAGAAGUGACCAAGGAGCUGGUGAGAAUAUGUUUGAGCUGACACUGUCACAAGCUUUAGGAGUAAAUACUAAAAAAGAUUCUGAUCCUCUUGGAUCUUCUAAACUCAAUAAGGUUUCACAACUAACUGGCUUCUCUGAUCCAGUCUAUGCUGAGGCUUAUGUCAAUGUCAACCAAUAUGACAUUGUUCUAGAUGUCCUCAUAGUGAAUCAGACAGGAGACUGUCUUCAGAAUCUAACUUUAGAGUUAGCAACACUUGGUGAUCUGAAGCUUGUUGAGAAACCUCAGCCUUUGACAUUGGCACCACAUGACUAUUGCAAUAUAAAAGCAAAUGUCAAAGUUACUUCAACCGAAAAUGGAAUUAUAUUUGGAAAUAUCGUUUAUGAUAUUACUGGCGCAACUAGCGAUCGGAAUGUUGUAGUGCUCAAUGACAUUCACAUAGACAUUAUGGACUACAUUGUGCCCGCCAGUUGCACAGACACUGAAUUCCGCCAAAUGUGGGCUGAAUUUGAGUGGGAAAAUAAAGUUACUGUCAAUACCAACAUUGUUGACUUGAAAGAGUACCUGGAACAUGUCAUGUCUUGCACAAACAUGAAAUGUUUGACCCCAGAAAAGGUAGAAGACACAGAUUUCAAUCCUCGUAUGUUAAUAAGAUCACAGGCUCUUUCUGGUGACUGUGGCUUUAUGGCAGCUAAUAUGUACGCCCGAUCUAUAUUUGGAGAGGAUGUGUUGGCAAAUUUAAGCAUUGAGAAGCCCUUGCAUUUGGGUAAAGAUGCCACAGUGCAGGGCCAUGUUCGGAUUAGAGCAAAGAGUCAAGGCAUGGCAUUAAGCAUGGGAGACAAGAUCAAUCUAUCCCAGAAAAAAGCUGCUAAAAUAAUGGCAGGUUGAUCUGAAGUUUUUGGUGGAACUGAACUUACUUAUUCAUUUUUAUCUGCUACCAACAUUUUUCUAUUCACAAGUUUUGACUUUUAAAAAAAUUAACAUGUUUUAAAGGAAUUGUGUAUUUUAUCAUAUUUAAUCUAUUCCUUUUAACUGAUAGUUUCUUUGCUGUAUUGAAUUCUUGUUAUAUAACAUGUAUAAUCAAUGUCUGAUUCAUACACAUCUUAAAGUCUCUUAAAUAUUUUACACAAAUACAAAUGUACUGAUUAGUUGCUGCACAUUUACCUGUAGUUUAUAGGGAAACUUAUUGUUCUUGUCAUUUGUUAGACAGGAAAGGUAUAUUUAAAAAAAUAUAUAUUGUGUCUGGGUUUCUUUGGUAUGAAGUUUCAAGAGGAACUUUAAAUGUUGUUAUUAUAGU